GGUAACAGUUUCAAUGGGAAUUGUAUCACCAACUCUCUGUUCUCCAUCAAUCUCCUUAUAUGUCUAUGCUUCUUCUCUUACACUCUCAUGCAAGGCUAAGACCAUUCAUCAAUUCACAAAAUCUUCUGUUCACUCCAAAUUAUUAGAGGAAGCCAUGGGGAGUACAUCACAGUUGGUGCCAUUGCCGUUGUUGGCGAAUGACAAAUACACAGCAAGCACCAUUCCUUGGAGGUUCCCUUCCGACGAUCCACACAUUCCCACUGCCACCGAGCUAUCUUGGAUUAAUCUCCUCCACAAUACUAUCCCCACCUUCAAGAAGCAUGCUGAGAGUGAUGCUUCUGUUCCUGAUGCUGCAGAUAAAGCUGAAACUUUUGCUCAAAGGUAUGCUAGAAUACUUGAAGAUUUCAAGAAAGAUCCUGCAGGUCAAGGCGAGCCUCUGGAUAUCUUUCUUCUAUGCAGACUUCGUGAGCAAGUCCUCAGGGAACUCGGAUUCUCAGAUAUCUUCAAGAAAAUAAAGGAUGUAGAGAAUACAAAUGCCAUGUCCCUAUUUGAGAAUGUAGUUCGUCUUAAUGAUGCCAUUGAAGAUGAAGAGAAACGCCUAGAAAAUUUAGUUAGAGGAAUUUUUGCAGGGAAUAUAUUUGAUCUUGGUGCAACACAGCUUGCGGAGGCUUUCUCCAAGGAUGGAGUGUCUUUUUUGUCUACAUGUCAAAAUCUUGUCCCUCGACCUUGGAUUAUUGAUGACCUUGAGACUUUCAAAGUGAACUGGAGCAAGAAGUCCUGGAAGAAGGUGAUCAUAUUUGUUGAUAAUUCAGGUGCUGAUAUCAUUUUGGGUAUUCUGCCAUUUGCCAGGGAGCUCCUUCGUCGUGGGAGUCAGGUUAUAUUGGCUGCUAAUGAGUUACCUUCCCUCAAUGAUGUGACUUACUCUGAGCUAACUGAAAUUAUAUCAAGGUUAAAGGAUGAAGAAGGGUGUCUCAUGGGUGUCUCUACUUCAAAUCUUUUAAUUGCCAAUUCUGGGAAUGAACUACCUAUUAUUGACCUUACAAGGGUGUCACAGGAACUAGCGUAUCUCACCAACGAUGUAGAUCUUGUCAUCUUAGAAGGGAUGGGUCGUGGAAUAGAAACAAAUCUCUAUGCUCAGUUUAAAUGUGAUUCCCUCAAGAUUGCUAUGGUCAAACACCCCGAGGUUGCAGAAUUUCUUGGGUCACGUUUAUAUGAUUGCGUGAUCAAAUAUGAUGCAGUUUAGACUUUAAAUGAAGAGUGGUUAUUUAUUCGAUUAAAUAGCUAAUUAGUGCUACAUUUGCAAUUGGUCGGUGCUUAUUGACUUUGGGCAUUGAGGUUAGGGGAGAUUUAAUAUUAUUUUCAACCUAAAAUUUUAAGGUUGGUAAGUCUUUAUCAUUUUUAUAUUUUACUUAACUUUCAUUUUGAUGACAUGUGAAACUUUUGUCUUACACAUGAACUCCAAAAAUCGAUUCAAUUAUAAAUAGAUUCAAUGAUUCAACUA